CUCCUCUUCCUCCCUCCCUCCCUCAUUCAGGGGUGGGACUGAAGAAGAAGGCUAACUUGACAGCAGCGCUUCUUUCUUAGCUAGUCACCGGCUCCUGCCCGAGAAUGCCAGUGUGUGUGUAGCCUCCGCAGAGAGGUCGUUUUCUCAGAGUCCAGAGGGGCCGCCUGAGCCUCUGAGAACUAGGGAGAAGCCAUCCCAGCCAUGAGCCCCUGUGGGAAUCUGCUGGGGUCCAGUGGCCUGGAGUCCUCAGGCUCCUCCAGCUGCUCCGGAGGGAGAGGUGAGCUCAGGGUAGCCUGCCUGCAGCCAGAGGUGCCGGGAGCCCUCGGCCUGUCAUGGUAGCCAUCUACAGCCAGCCUGAGGCACUCCCAGACGGAUUUGCAGCUGAGCCUGUUUAUCUGGUGUGGGAAGAAGAUGGGGAGUUACUUGUCAGUCCCGGCUUACUUCACCUCCAGAGACCCAUUUCGGUGUUCAGAGUGCCAGGAUUCCCUCACCAACUGGUACUACGAGAAGGAUGGGAAGCUCUACUGUCGCAAGGACUACUGGGGGAAGUUUGGGGAGUUCUGUCAUGGGUGCUCCCUGCUGAUGACAGGGCCUUUUAUGGUGGCUGGGGAGUUCAAGUACCACCCAGAGUGCUUUGCCUGUAUGAGCUGCAAGGUGAUCAUUGAGGAUGGGGAUGCGUAUGCACUGGUGCAGCAUGCCACCCUCUACUGUGGGAAAUGCCACAAUGAGGUGGUGCUGGCACCCAUGUUUGAGAGACUCUCCACAGAGUCUGUUCAGAACCAGCUACCCUACUCUGUCACACUCAUCUCCAUGCCGGCCACCACCGAGGGCAGGCGGGGCUUCUCUGUGUCCGUGGAGAGUGCCUGUUCCAAUUACACCACCACUGUGCAAGUGAAAGAGGUCAACCGGAUGCACAUCAGUCCCAACAAUCGCAAUGCCAUCCAUCCUGGGGACCGCAUUCUGGAGAUCAAUGGGACCCCCGUCCGCACACUUCGAGUGGAGGAGGUGGAGGAUGCAAUUAGCCAGACGAGCCAGACGCUUCAGCUGUUGAUUGAACAUGACCCCGUCUCCCAGCGCCUGGAUCAGCUGCGGCUGGAGGCCCGACUCUCUCCUCACAUGCAGGAUGCCGAACACCCCCACACCCUCAGCACCCUGGACACCAAGGAGAAUCUGGAGGGAACACUGAGGAGACGCUCUCUGAGGCGCAGUAACAGCAUCUCCAAGUCCCCUGGCCCCAGCUCCCCAAAGGAGCCCCUGCUAUUCAGCCGUGACAUCAGCCGCUCAGAAUCCCUUCGUUGUUCCAGCAGCUAUUCACAGCAGAUCUUCCGGCCCUGUGACCUAAUCCACGGGGAGGUCCUGGGGAAGGGCUUCUUUGGGCAGGCUAUCAAGGUGACACACAAAGCCACAGGCAAAGUGAUGGUCAUGAAGGAGUUAAUUCGAUGUGAUGAGGAGACCCAGAAGACUUUUCUGACUGAGGUGAAAGUGAUGCGCAGCCUGGACCACCCCAAUGUGCUCAAGUUCAUUGGUGUGCUGUACAAGGAUAAAAAGCUGAACCUGCUGACAGAGUACAUUGAGGGGGGCACACUGAAGGAUUUCCUGCGAGGAAUGGAUCCGUUCCCCUGGCAGCAGAAGGUCAGAUUUGCCAAAGGAAUCGCCUCCGGAAUGGCCUAUUUGCACUCUAUGUGCAUCAUCCACCGGGAUUUGAACUCACACAACUGCCUCAUCAAGUUGCAGGACAAGACUGUGGUGGUGGCAGACUUUGGGUUGUCACGGCUCAUAGUGGAAGAGAGGAAAAGGCCCCCUGUGGAGAAGGCCACCACCAAGAAACGCACCUUGCGCAAGAAUGACCGCAAGAAGCGCUACACAGUGGUGGGAAACCCCUACUGGAUGGCCCCUGAGAUGCUGAAUGGAAAGAGCUAUGAUGAGACGGUGGAUAUCUUCUCCUUUGGGAUCGUUCUCUGCGAGAUUAUUGGGCAGGUGUAUGCAGAUCCUGACUGCCUUCCCCGAACACUGGACUUUGGCCUCAAUGUGAAGCUUUUCUGGGAGAAGUUUGUUCCUACAGAUUGUCCCCCAGCCUUCUUCCCGCUGGCCGCCAUCUGCUGCAGACUAGAGCCUGAGAGCAGACCACCAUUCUCGAAACUGGAGGACUCCUUUGAGGCCCUCUCUCUGUACCUGGGGGAGCUGGGCAUCCCGCUGCCUGCAGAGCUGGAGGAGUUGGACCACACUGUGAGCAUGCAGUACGGCCUGACCCGGGACUCACCCCCCUAGCCCUGGCCCAGCCCCCUGCAGGGGGGUGUUCCACAACCAGCAUUGCCCCUCUGUGCCCCAUCCCUGCUGUGAGCAGGGCCCUCCGGGCUUCCUGUGGAUUGGUGGCCUGUUUAGAAGCAGAACAAGCCAUUCCUACUACCUCCCCAGGAGGCAAGUGGGCGCAGCACCUGGGAAAUGUAUCUCCACAGGUUUUGAGGCCUGGUUACCGUCUGUAAAUCCAAUACUUGCCUGAAAGCUGUGAAGAACAACAAAAAACCUGGCCUUUGAGCCAGGGGACAUCUGUUACUCAGAUCCACGCAGGAACUCUCUGGGAGUGGAUCAUGGGAGCCUCUUGCUUACACUAAUCAGCAUGGCCUGGACCUGCUUGGCAGGAUCCCAGGGUGAACCUCCCUGUGAACUCUGAAGUUGCUAGUCCAGCUGGGUGCAGGAAGACUUCAAGUGGGAGUGUGGACAAAAGAGACUGGUGGCCAGGAGGUACUCGAAGGAUGUGAAAAACACAGUGAUGCUCCCCACUUCCACUCCAGAUCCUACCCUUCCUGGAGCAAGGUUGAGGGAGUAGGUUUUGAGGAAUCCCUUAAUAUGUGGUGGAACAGGCCAGGAGUUAGAGAAAGGGCUGGUUUCUGUUCACCUUCUUACUGGCUCUAGCCAGCCCAGGGACCACAUCAAUGUGAGGGGAAGCCUCCACCUCAUGUUUUCAAACUUACUACUGGAGACUGGCUGAGAGCUUAUGAACAACAUCCUUUCCAUCUGCAAAAAACAGUCACUUACAAGCACAGGAAGAGGCUGGGGGGCUAGAAAGAGGCCCUGCCCUCUAGAAAGCCCAGAUGCUGGUUUCUGUUACUCAUACUCUGGUUAGUCAGAUGCCUAAGACAUUUUGCCUAAAGCUAGAUGGGUUCUGGAGGAUAGCGUGGCUUGUCACAGGCCUAGAGUUUGAGACAGGGGAGUGGGAGUCUCAGCAAUCUCUUGGUCUUGGCCUCGUGGCAACCAUUGCUCACCCUUCAACAUGCCUGGUUUAGGCAGCAGCUUGGGCUGGGAAAAGAUGGUGGCAGAGUCCUAAAGCUAAGAUGCUGAGAGAGACAGCUCCCUGAGCUGGGCCAUAUGACUUCUACCUCCCUUGUUUGCUCUCCCAGCUCAUUGGCUUCUGGCAGCAUCCUCCUGAGCCACAUCUGAAGGUACUGGAAAGCCUGGGGCUACCCUCCAUCUUGGCUCCCAGAGCUCUAGGAACUUUUCAGCACAACUAGAUUUGCCUCUUCCUAAGUGUCUGUGAGCUUGCACCAUAUUUAAUAAAUUGGGAAUGGGUUUGGGGUAUUAGUGCAAUGUGUGGUGGUUGUAUUGGAGCAGGGGGAAUUGAUAGAGGAGAGUGGUUGCUGUUAAUAUUAUCUUGUUAUAUCUUUUGGGUGGUAUGUGAAUAUUGUACAUAGACCUGAUGAGUUGUGGGAACAGAUAUCAUCUCUGGUCAGAGUUUACUUGCUAUGUAGACUGUACUUAUGUGUGAAGUUUGCAAGCUUGCUGUAGGGCUGCGCCUUGGACUCUCAGCAGCAGCACAGUUUAGCACUGUGUGGUGGGCUGUGUCCCGGCGUCCCCAGCAAGUAUGGGAGUGGUGGGCCUGAACUGGGCCAUUGAUCAGACUAAAUAAAUUAAGCAGCUAACAUAACUGGCA